UCCAAACUUUCCGACGUCCAAGCAGCAGUUCACUCUGUCGCAAACCACAUCACACGCCCAACAUGCCUCACAAGCACAAGAGAAAGCGGGAGAAUGACAAGGAUCACUUCGAUCUCCCUCCGACGAAACUCGCCCGACCGCUCGCAUCCUACGAAAAAGUCGAGAAGAAGCACCACAAAGCGAAAAGAGGCACACCGAAACCACAGCCCAAAAGACAGAGCAAUGCAGCAAUUACAUAUAAGGGAGACGACACACCCCGAGCCUUCGCCCGGAUGAUGCACCUCCAACAAACCGGCAAACGACAACGCAGCGGUCUCGACGACGGAGUCAAAAAGCCCAAAAGGUCCACGAACAAAUCCACAAUCACCGCGACAAACGCCGAAGCAACCGACCAAGCCGAACAGAAAGAAGUCGAAGAGACAGCCGCAAAGCUCAAAAUCCAACCCGGCGAGCGUCUCGCAGACUUCGCAGCCCGAGUCAAUCAAGCCCUACCCUUAAGCGGCAUCUCCCAAAACCGCAAAAAAGUAGAAGGCGCAAAAGAACGACAAACCAAAACAGAGAAAAGACUACAUCGCAUGUACGCCGAAUGGCGCGAAACCGAUCGCAAACGCAAAGAAGCCGAAGAAGAAUUCCUCGAAGAGCAAGAAGAGAAAGACGAAGAGCUCGCAACAUCUCUCGGCGGUCAAGCGAUCCAUCUUUCGUCCGAAGGCCGCAAAGCGAAGAAUAAACGCAUGCUCACGGAAGCUGCGGAUAAAGAUGAGGAUCCUUGGGCAGUAUUGAAAGAGAAGAGGGAGAAACCGAAGGGGUUACAUGAUGUGGUGCAAGCACCGCCGGAAUUGAAACCUGUGAGAGAGAAGUUCAAAGUGAGGAAUGGGGCCAAAGUCGAAGUGGAAAAUGUUCCAGGGAAGAGUGGGAGUUUGAAGAGGAGGGAGGAAUUGGGACAGGCGAGGAAGGAUGUAAUUGAGAGGUAUCGGGCAAUGAUGAAGGGAAAGGGUGGGUUGUGAGAUGCAAGAGGGACUUAUCAACGGCUGAAGGUGGAGAAGUUGACGGGGCGGCUGGAUGGAAAUCUCAGUGGACUACAAUCAGCAUUACAACGGACACUUGACGGAACCAGCUGCCAUGACGAGACCUGUCUACAUGUACCGAAGAGGAGAGCUUCGUCAUGCCACCGAAGAUGGAGUAGGGAUGCUACCGAAGUCGACGGGGACAAUUGCAUCAUCACAGAAAAGGGAGGUCGAGUCUGACGAAUGUGUC